CAACAGCCUUCGCAACUUUGCAUUUGCUGCACAUUCUCAAUCGCAACAUCAUCAAAAUGUUCUCUAACGCCGUCCUUUGCGCUACUGCAGUUCUCUUGGCCUGCUCGUCCCUCGCGGCUGCAGCUCCCCAGGGCAAGACCUCUGAGGUCAGCUUAACUACCAAGUUGCGACUCGCCGACACUUUCAUUGAUCGCUAUACUCUUCUUCCUGAGGACAAGGACUUCCUCUUCAACUUUAACAGUACCCCCAGUGCUAUGGCUAACAGCCAGACAUUCCCUGCUCUUACAGGCUCUGGCCUCAGUCUGGCUUCCGCUCAAAUCCCAGGCUGUUCUAUGAUCAUGCUUCACACUCACCCCCGAGCCUCUGAGCUCUUUGCUGUCAUGUCCGGCCGCGUCUACACCGAAGCCGUCCCCGAAGCCGGUGUCCUCGACGCUGAAGGAAAGCCUCGCGUCAUCCGCAACGAAAUCAGCGCUGGCCAAGCUACCAUAUUCUACCAGGGAACUAAACACUACCAGGUCAACCCCGACUGCGAGGCUGCCAGUGCUAUCGCCGCAUUCCCUUCCGAGGAUGUUGGCUUUGCUGGCGUUGCGCCUGGGCUGUUUGCUAUCAAGGAUGACGCUGUUAUUCGUCUUUUGGGAAAGGCUGUCGAUGGUGAGGAUGUUGAGAAGAUCAGGGCUUCUAUUCCUACGGAUAUGGGCAUCAAGGUUGAUGAGUGUCUCGCCAAAUGCGGUAAGCAGAAGCGUCAAGCUUGAGGAUUGAACCUUGACUUCAGUUGAGCCUGAGCUUCUAAUUGAGUAUUUCUUUCGUUUACUAUGUUUCAAUUGCGAGAUAUAGAGUUGCAAGGUAGUUAGAUUAGUAGGAUAUAGACUUCUGUUGGAACUAUUGUGCUCUGCA